UCUGCUCCAAGUGUCUCAGUCAGCCAGCACGGUGUUCACGCGCCCGCCGAGGUGAUGCCGCGCUAGCAUCGCGCACCCACUAAUAAGGCAAAGGUAUAUGACGGCGGUGGGCGUCCGAUGAAGCUAAAUUAGUUUCGCUGGGACGUUGGACGGAGGGUCGGGCAUCGCGUCCUGGGAAACCGUUUCGAGCACGGCGUGUAUGCUGCUGCGCUGCACACUCUUUCCCUUACGUUUUCGUUCGCUUCUUCCACAGUCUUGUCUGAAUAGUAGCGUUGGUAGCGCGAUUGAGAUGCGCGAUGGAAGCUGUGGCGUCUAGCAGCUCCGAGAGAAACGGAAAAGAGGAGGAUGUCAACACCACUGGGGAAGAAGCGGUGCGCGCGCGGAGCAAUGCGAAUGGCCACGCCACUGCGAACAGCAAGAGCUCGGAAUCAGAAGACGCUCCGCAAGAGAAGAAACCCUCCAUCCUCGCGCGGAUCAAUGCAAAGCUCAUGCUGGACAUCCCCACGGUCCUGAUGAUGCUCAAAGGCGGUUUGCCCCCCGUGAUCGCCCUCUCCAUGUAUCAGGCCAGCGACAUCGCAAAGACCUACGCCACGCUGGGGUAUCUCAUGGCCAUUGUCUCCAUCCUGGGGUUCUGCAUCAUGCCGCGCGCAAAGUUUAUACAGACGAUGACAGUCAAUGUGAUUGCGGUGUGCGUAGCAUCGGCGAUGGCGAUGCUGCAGCUGUGGUCGGGCGUCCAAGCGCGCUUGCACACGACGCCGCCCGGGCUGCCCCCCGCGCGGUAUCGCUACAAUUCGUCGCAGUCAGCUGUAUGCGGCAUCUGGCUGUUCUUCCAGAUUUGGAUGAUCAACUCGAUCAAAGCGAAGUUCCCGCAGUUUGCAUUCCCAUGCGUGCUAUACUCCAUCUUCGCGAACGUGGCGAGUACCAGUGGCGCUAUGUACCAAACGACGGCACAGGCCGAGGUGUUUGUGCAGAGGCUUCUGGAGGCGUUCCUCACGGGGUUUGCGAUUGCGACGGCGGUAUCGCUGGUCGUGUUGCCACUGUCGUGUCGGAAGGUUGUGACCAAAGAAAUCACAGGAUACGUGGGCGCGUUGAGAGGCGCGUUGAAGGCGCACAAGGGGUACUUCACGAGCUUGGAAACUAAAGAUAUGUUCAAGCAGACGAUGACGAACCUGGAAGAGCCGGAGGAUGGCAAAGAGAAGAUAGAGGAGAAGAUUCGACCCGAGAUCACAGCGGUCAGGGCUGCGACUGCGGCUAUCACGCAGCUGCACGGGAAGCUUAAUGCGGACCUGCCAUUCGCAAAGCGGGAGAUUGCGUAUGGGAAGCUGAAACCGGAGGAUUUUGAGAGCAUAUCCAAGAAUCUCCGUGCGAUCAUGAUGCCUCUCGUUGGCGUGGCGUCUGUCAUCGAUAUCUUUGAACGCCUCGCGGAACUGAACGGCUGGGAGAAGGAGCUGGAAGAGGAAAUUAAGCAGAGUGUUAUGGAUGACUGGCACCACCUGAUGACUUUCGCCCAUGACCCGAUGCAAAACAUCCUCGACACCAUGGACCAAGGCUUGGAGCACAUCGCGUAUCGCCUCCAGCUCGUCAAUUCACCCAAGACGAAGAAAGGCACCGACACCGAAGCAACGGGGGACAUGGUCCGUCCGGGAGACAAAGAAUUCGCAGUGCACUUCGAAAAGCAAAGCGACGAGUUCUACAACGGCAGAGACAAGAUCCUGCGCCAUUGGCUCGAAUCGAAGGGCUACAAAGUUGACGACAACUUCUUCGACGACCUGAAAGAAGACGCGGAAUCGCAGAACCUGAAGCUGCACCAGCUGGACGCCUGCCACCGCGAGCAGCGCCAGCUUUUCCUCGUGCUCUACAUCGUCUUCCUGCUCCACUCCGUCAGCGACGCCAUCUUAGAUUUUGUGAAAUGGGCCGACGACCACGACCAGGCCACCGCGAAGAAGAAGUUCAUCACACCCGGCAAGAAGCGCUUGAAGAAGUGGAUCGCCAGCGUUUGCUCGACACAGGACUCAAACGACGACGACGAGAGCACGAACGUAGGCUUGAACCGCACCAACGUGGUCGUACACAUGGGCGAGGCCUACAAGGGACGAAAAGAUCCAGAACACGAGCCGCCUGAAAAUGCCUGGGAGCGGUUUGGCGACUUCAUCCGUAGCAUCACGACGUUUCUGCGCUCCCCUGAGUCCACCUUCGGAUUUCGCGUCGCGUGCGCCACAAUGUCCAUAGGUAUAGUUGCGUACCUCGCCGACACGCAGCUCUGGUUUACGCGGCAGCGUCUCGUCUGGGCGAUGCUCAUGGUCGCCCUCGGCAUGACACCGACGUCUGGGCUCUCCAUGUUCAACUUCUUCUGGCGCAUCCUCGGCACGCUGGUCGCGAUGCUAGCAGCCUGGCUCGUGUGGUACAUCCCCGACCGAAAGACCCCCGGCAUCCUCGUCCUGACCUACCUCUUCAUCAGCGCCGGCCACUGGGUCCCGCUAAAGCGCAUCGACCUUGUCAUCCCCGGGCUCAUCUCCAUGGUCACCUGCGUCAUGAUCAUCGGGUACGAGCUGCAGGUGCGCAAGCUCGGCGAGGCCGUUGCCUCCUCCAACGGGCAGCCCGUUUACAAGAUUAUCGUUCUCGGGCCGUACCGUCUCGCCUGCGUGGUAGGCGGCAUCGCCGUCGCGUUCUUCUGGACAUUCAUUCCCUACCCGAUCACCGAGCACUCCACACUGCGCACCAAGCUCGGGGGAUCGCUGUAUCUGGCUGCGAAUUUGUACUCGAUCAUGCACGAGACGGUGAUGGGCCGGAUUCGCGGGGAUGGAGGUGACCCAGCAGACAAAGACUGCCCCGCGUAUCAGCUCGAGAAGGCGCGAAACAAGGUCUUCGCGAAGCAGAUGCUCACGCUGCAGGCGCUGCGGCAGCACUCGGCGAUGGUGAACUACGAGUUUCCACUUGGAGGAAAAUUUCCCAAGAAGGAGUACGACGCCAUUAUCGGCUGUGUAUCAAAUAUAACCCAAUACACCGCGCUUCUCAACCUCGCCUCCCGCACCUUCGCCCAUCCAUCAUUAGUCAACAGCGACGAGAAAGAUCCGACUCGCCUGCAAUGGUUCCACGAUUUCCGCCGCGUCAUCGCCGCCUCCAACAUCUCCUCCCACGAGAUCACCUCCCUCCUCAGCAUGCUGUCCUCCUCGGUGACCAACUCCGUGCCCCUACCACCAUACCUCGCGCCACCCACGGCCUACGCCUUGUCGUCAAAAUUGGAAGCCCUAGACAGGGAUAUUUUAAGCUUGAAACAUAUCAGUGAACCGGGGUAUGCGGCAUUCGCGGUGAUCCAGAUCAGUACGCGGUGUAUUCAGAUGGAUGUUGAGAGGUUGCUGGGGAGAGUGAGGGGCUUGGUUGGGGAGCUGGAUUUUAGCUUCCAUGUUGUUAGUACGAGGGUGGGUAGUGAGGAGACGCUGGUCGGAGGGCGGAGGAAGGAGGACUAAAAGCCCGGACAUGCAAUUUGCAUCGUGCGUUUUUGAUUCAAGCGUGCAUUAAUGAAUAUAGUGGGAUUUACAUAUGAUGGUGUUUUCUCAAAGGGUGCUGUUGAGAUGGCUGGUGACGGUCUGGCGGUAGAACUGUACGAGGGAUGUUCAUGGACGAGGCUUGGAAAGACAUGGGAGGAGCUUUUGUGAUGCUAUUGUGUUUCCUAAGUGUUGUGAUCGUAAAUCCGACCCUGCGUUUGACGGAGUCGAAUGGGGUAAUUUGUCUCUACACUGAUAAGCCAUG